AGCCUUUUUUUUCUUUUUAUUUUUCCUCUCAGCGGAAAAUAAAAGAAUGUUCACUCUUCUGGGAAAUUAGUAUCUAUUGUUACUCUUUUUUGUAAUUGUUCCUUAGAUCUGAGAAAAUGGCGAUGACGACGUUUUAUUGGUGUUACCGGUGUAAUCGGGUUGUUCGGCUUUUGAAUCCAGAUACCGUUAGUUGCCCCGAUUGCUAUAGUGGGUUCAUUGAAGAGAUCGAUUAUCAAAAUGAUGCGGCGCGUGCGUUUACACCCGCGGCGGUUUACGCUAAUCCUAGUCCUGGAACCGCUGUUCUCCGCCGUGGACGUCGUAGUGGUGGGAAUCGGUCUCCUUUUAACCCUGUUAUUGUCUUGCGCGGUGGAACGGCGACGUCUUCGCCUUCUGGGGGAGAUUCGAGUGUUGAACAGAACGGGAGGGGGUUUGAGCUUUAUUAUGACGAUGGAUCCGGGUCGGGUCUGAGGCCGUUACCGCCGACUAUGUCGGAGUUUCUGUUGGGUUCUGGGUUUGAGCGGUUAAUUGAUCAGUUAUCGCAGAUGGAGAUUCAGAACGCGGGGCGGAACGAGCAACCGCCGGCGUCGAAAGCGGCGGUGGAAGCAAUGCCGACGGUGGAAAUAAACGAAACCCAUAUGGACGGCGAACUGUGUUGCGCCGUCUGUAAGGAGCAAUUCGAGUUGGGGACCAAAGUUCGUAACAUGCCUUGCGAUCAUCUCUACCAUUCAAACUGCAUACUCCCCUGGCUUCAAUUACGGAACUCCUGCCCCGUCUGCCGCCACGAAUUACCUGCAGCCACCGUAGACGGCGAUGAAGGAGCAGAAACCGAUCGUGUGUAUUCAAAUUUAGAUGAGACUCCGGUGGGGUUGACUGUUUGGAGAUUACCUGGUGGAGGGUUCGCCGUGGGCAGGUUUCAAGGAAUCAGAGGAGGUGAUGGGGAGAAUAGAGGUUUCCCAAUGGUUUACACGGAGGUUGACGGUGGUUUUAGCGGCGGUGGGCUUCCACGAAGAGUUUCAUGGGCUAGCCGAGGUCAACGAGGAAGGCAAAGAGGAGGGGUUUUCAGAAGAUUUUUGGGUAAUCUUUUUGGGUGCUUUAGUGGUUCUAAUUCUAGAUUGAUUUCAAGGUAAUUUAAAACCCUAGAUUAUGAACAUCUCAAAUCAUUUGUAAAUAUUGAGGUAAAAAUUGAAAUGGGGUUAUCUCAAUUCACCAUAUUUUUGCCAAUAACACAAUAUUUUUAGGUUUCAA